AUGGAAAUUUGCAUUUUUGUCCAGGGUAAUGAUGUCUAUGAACCGACUGCCAAUGUUAUCUUAAUGGACGGGGGAAUUCAGAAAUUCUCAGAUCCAGUCAAGGUUGAAGAGAUAUUGAAGAAUAAUCCGGGCCAUUUUGUUUUUAGCUCUGAUGGUCUUUACAAUGGGAAAUUUAUAUCGGAGCUUCUUCCUCACCAAGAGCUACAGCUUGGGCAGCUGUAUUUUGUUCUUCCUCGAAAGAAAUUAGAGUUUGUUUUGUGUGAAAGGGACAUGGCUUCUCUUCUUUUCAAGGCGAAUAAUGCAACAGCAAAAAUUUGCUCUUCUAAAACUCGAGAAUGA